AUGUUUGAGGGGAUUGCUAUCCACCAAUGGCUGUGCUGGGGAACUCUCUACCUGUUGGCAGUGGGGGUGGCAUUAUCAUCUGAAACACGCUGGCUGUGUCCAAAGUCGUGCCGCUGCAACACCGUGCUGCUGGAGGUGAACUGCUCUGAUGGCCAACUCACCACAGUGCCCAACGGUCUCCCACAAAACCCUAAACUACUAAAUCUAACACAUAAUAAGAUCAAGACUCUGGUGCACCAGCAGUUCCUUACUUUGACACAACUUUUGGAUUUGGAUUUGAGUGACAAUAUUAUAGUAAUAAUUGAAGUGGAAGCCUUUCUCGGCUUGCAAAGUCUGAUAACUCUGCGUCUUGCCCGCAACCACCUGAAGAUUAUUCCUGUCGGAGUGUUUGCUGGUUUGCCAAAACUGAAGUUACUGGACAUAAGCAGCAAUGAGAUCCUUGUUUUUCUAGAUUUUACCUUCCGUGACUUAACUGCCCUGCAGUUCAUUAAAGCAGCAGAUAAUGACUUAGUUUUUAUUUCUCAUCAAGCUUUUACUGGCUUAACUAGUCUGCAAGAGCUGCGCCUUGACGGCUGCAACCUCACUGCUGUGCCAACAGAGGCACUCACACAGCUCGGGAGCCUGAAAAGUCUUCAUUUUUACCGAAUGGGCAUCACCACGCUGCCAAACUACUCUUUUCGUCACCUAGAGCGUCUGAAGGAACUUCUCAUUAGUCAUUGCCGCUGGCUGGAGAACCUGUCAGGAAACAGUCUCUUUGGCCUAAAUCUUACAUCCCUAACCAUUAGACACUGUAACCUCAGUGUUGUCCCCUACAUCUCUUUGCAUCAUCUUGUAUAUCUUGUGUACCUUGACCUUUCUUUUAACCCAAUCACCUACAUUCAUGAAAACCUGUUUGGAGACUUGCUCCGGCUCCAAGAGCUCCAUCUGGUGGGGGGAUCAUUGCUACAUAUCGAAAUCGGAGCAUUCAAGGGUUUGGCACAUUUCAAAUUGCUGAAUGUAUCUAGAAACUUUCUCACUACACUCGAGGUAGGAGCUUUCCAUUUGGUGGACGCCCUAAGAACUCUGGGACUUGAUAACAACCCACUAGCAUGCGACUGCCGUCUGCUGUGGGUGGUGCAAAGGCGACUAUAUCUGGACUUUGGUGGAAAUCCGCCGACUUGCGCUACCUCCGUCCAGUUGCAGGGAUGGUAUUUUGUAGACUUUACUGAAGCUGAGCUCCCAGGCCUGCUCACAUGUCGGCAGCCUAGUAUUCUAAACCCUAAACCUCAAGAAGUGAGAGUAGAUCAAGGACAAACGGUUGUGUUUUAUUGCAAUGCAGAAGGUGACCCUCUGCCAUCUGUCACCUGGAUAAGCCCGCAGCUAAAACCUCUGUCACCUAUUGGUAGAAUACGGGCUCUCUCUAAUGGCUCGCUGGAGGUUCGCUAUGCUCAACCUCAAGACAGUGGUGCUUAUCUCUGUGUGGCAUCUAAUGCGGCAGGAAAUGACAGCCUGCUUGUCAGCAUUCAUGUCCGAGCCUUUCCAUCAUCUUCUAAAAACCCCUUUCAUCUUAAAGGUUGGUUUGCCUUUCCAUCUGCCUCUCCAGGUGUGAAUGGAAAUCAGAAUAUCCCAUUAGAUGUCAAGACGUUACUGGUAGCUGCAACCAUUGGAUUGAUUUCAUUUUUCAGCUCUGUGAGCGUUUGUUUCAUCUUCAUGUUUUUCUGGAGUAAGAGUAAAGGGCAAAUAAAGCACACAGCCACAAUAGCAUACGUGCCACGAAGCGCUGUGUCAAGUAGUAAUGGAGGGAAAGGCAACUAUAUGGAGACAAGCAGGUUCACCAUGAAACUAAUAUGA